AACUAAUCUAACUCUAUCGUGCGUUGAUUUAGUGCAUUUUACUCGAUAAGCAUUGGUGAUGUUUCUUUAGUUAUUCUACCAUUCAAUUUCAAAAUAAAAUGAAAUCAGUACUGCACAAACUGAUUGUUAUUCAUGGUUCAUUGUGUUAAUAUCUAGCUGCUGUUCUGCAAACAAAUGCGGCAACAACAACAACCGAUGAUCAGCAGGCAGACGAAGACUCGUUGGUUUAUUCCGUAACAAACUUCACCAGAAGGAAAGCUGGCAGGAGCUUAAGGAGAGCUGAAGUCGAGGAAGAGAGCAUCUACUCUGGUGUCAGGGUUUUGGGAUAGGAACAGCAAAAUGUACAGCGAAGUGUGACAGUCUGACCCGCGCCCCAUCUCAUAGCAUCACCUUCACUCCGUGGAAACCCACCGGAGAUCCUAACAAGACAACAUCACAAUGAUCUUUUUAUGCAUUACUCUGCUUCUGCUCCAUCAAGGAUAUGCAGAGAUCUUGGUGACCACAGUUCAACUUGGUGGACCUGCACACUUGAAAUGCGUUUUCUCUGAUGUGUCGCAGUCCAGCAUUACACGGGUCAAGUGGUACAGGCAGAGAAUUGGUGGUACUCUUACGCUAAUCACUACACUGAUUACAGGCGUUGAACAACCUGCGUUUGAGCAAGGGUUUCACCCCUCACAAUAUUAUGCAAACAGUACACAAACCAUGAGCACUCUGGCCAUUUUGAAGACGGUCGAAGAAGAUGAGGCACUGUAUCACUGUGCAGUCACUAACUGGAAUAAGAAUAAGUGGAUUGGCACAUAUUUGUCUUUCGAAGGAAACACUCGGAGGACGAGAGACUCUGCUGUUGUUCAGUGGCCGGCCGUACCUGAUCCGGUUCAUCUGGGAGACUCCGUGACUCUCCAGUGUUCGGUCCUCUCUGACUCUGAACCUGUCCAGGCCUGUCCAGGUGAAUACAGUGUGCACUGGUUUGGAGUCAGAUCAGAUAAAUCUCAUCCAAACAUCAUCUACAACGGUGGAAAUAGACAUGAUGAAUGUGAGGAGAGAACUGACAGUCGGAAGAGUUGUGUUUAUCGCUUCUCCAAGAACGUCACCUCCUCUGAUGCUGGAACUUACUACUGCGCUGUGGCCACAUGCGGGGAGAUAUUAUUUGGGAAUGGAACAAAACUGGACAUUAAAGAAACCGGCUUGGGGUCCCUAAGUGACAAUAUAUUUCUGCUCCUGCUGUGUGCUGUCUUGGCUAUAAGUGUGAACGUCGCAGCUUUCCUCAUUUACGCCAUCAAGAAAAACAAGUGUGAUUAUUGCAAUAAUGAAGCUGCUGUUUUGCUUCUAGAAAGUGUUGCAAAAAGGAAGUUAAAGAGAAAUGAAGACGCGUGGAUGUAUUCUACUGUCGUCUUCAAUGUGAUGAAAUCUGCCGGUGGUGGAACGAGGGACGCCAAAGCAGCGGAGAGAGAGAGGAUCUACGCCGCUGUCAAGGCUUUUGGGUUGGAUUAGCAUGUUGAGGGGACUGUUUGAGGUCAACAGGUGAAAUGUGGCAGCUGAUGGUCCUGCUUUAACGUUUUGGUCUUAUGCUUACGUGUACAUUUAGUUGACGGUAAUAAGAAUAUAUGGUCGAAGGCCUGUCACACUGAUACUUUACUGUCACACCAACUUCCUGUCUUUGUCUUCUGGGUUAUUUUGUCGUCUUUACCGUGGUUAAACAUUUCUAAAAUUGGAGUUCUACCAAAAAUGUUAUUUAGUUAUAACUAUGAUGUGGGUUGAAUGUAAUGUGUAGGGUUUCAUUGUUUUCAUCGUUUCUGUUGUGGUGCUGGUUAAUAAAAUGCUACUGCAGUCAUUAUGACAUUAAAAAGAAUGUAAAAAGUGAAAUCUGUGGCGUUGUCGUGCAGCUAUUUCUGGCUACAAAAAGAGACCACGAAUUAGGAAGCAUUUAUAUUUUGUUUGUGUUUAAGUAUAAUAAAGGUUUUUAAAGUUUA